AUGGCACAAAUAAUUAAUAAUGAUCAUGGUUCAUGGUGGUGGCAAGCAGAGAGCAACAACGAGCUCACUCUUGCGGUUAUCACCAUUUUAGUACUAAUCUUGUUAUUGUAUAAGUUCUUGAUUUCAUCAUCAAGUUCUUCUUUGUCACCUUUUCCACCGGGUCCCCUUUCGUUGCCAAUCGUUGGGUACCUUCCGAGUCUGUUUAGUCGCGACUUGCAUAGACAGUUCACCAACAUGGCUAACACCUAUGGUCCCGUAUUCAAGGUUAAAGUGGGAAAGACCCUUUUCGUGGUCGUGAACACCCCAGACGUAGCAAAGACGGUGCUUCGUGACCAUGAUGAGGUCUUUACUCACUGCAAGGCAACAGUCGCCCGCUCCAUUAUUUCUUACGGAGGCCAAAAUAUAGUACACUCCAACCACCUUUACUGGCGUAAACUUCGUAACAUACUCACCCAUGAGGUCAUAAGCCACAAGAGUCUUGAAGCGUGUAGCUCUUUCCGAAGGGAUGAAGUUAGAAAAACCAUCAAGAACAUUUUUAAUGAAAUGAUGGGUGCCACAGUUGACAUGGCCAAGGUUUCUUUCGUGACAGAGGCGAGAAUCAUGUCAAGAGUUUUAUGGGAGAACACAUCGGAUGAGCUGGGGGUAAAAGAUAGCCAUUUUGGAGAUCAGCUGGGGAUACUGUCUGCAGAGAUCUCCGAGAUUGGUGCACGGCCAAACUUGUCGGAUCUCCUCCCUAGUCUUGCGAGGUUUGAUCCACAAGGUAUUGAGCGAGACAUGAAGGAGCAAUUUAAGAGGUUGGAUAAGAUAUUCUCAACCAUUAUUGACGAUCGAAUCAAAUCUAACGCUGCAAGUUUAGAGCAGGCGGAUGGAAAGAAAGAUUUCUUGCAGGUCUUGUUAGAUCUCAAGGAUUCAAAAUCGCUUACCUUGAGCCAAGCCAAGACUUUACUCGCGGUAAUAAUUUAA